AUGAUCAUACCCACGUUGAUCGUCGGAAGGGCUGCAACCUACAUGAUGACGACUUUAGUUGUCUAUGAAUAUUGCGUCACUCUCGAGACCGAGAUACGGCUCUUCUGGAGGCGCAAGGCUACAAGAUCGAAUGUUCUCUUCUUUUUUAAUCGCUAUGUAUGCCUCGCGAACAGGGUCACUGUUCUUGGAGUGGAAGCACUAAGUCAGCACGCCGUGACAGUGUACUGGUUUGGAGUGGCUGUUGAUAAUGACGUCUUGUGCAGGACUUGUUACAAUGUCUCGAUUAGCACUCCCGAUAACGACACUGCUAGGGUACAAACUGUACCCGGACUUAUGGACCAUGAAUGUUCACUGGACUAUGUAUAUGGGUUGCCUGGAGAAUUAGAACCGUACGAGUCUGGAGAGCUGCUGUCAAAGAACACGUGCAAGCAAAUCUUACAUAUUUGGUACUGCGAGAUGAUAAAUUUCGUGCUUUCUAACGUCGUCGCCAUGUAUAGCCUCGGAACAAUAUUGCUCUCCCGGUUCAUGCUCGAUCUUCGUCGGACCGCAGACAGUAUGGACAAGACUGGGGGCACAAUGUGGGCUAGCGAUAUGGAACUGUCGACUAUGCAGCCUCAAGACGACCUUGUAUUCCGGAAUGAGCGGUCAGAAGGCAGUGCGCCUGAUGGACUGGGUAUUGGUUGGGAAGAUCCAAGUGCAUACCAACGUACCCGGUGGAUGAUUCCUCUCCCUUGGUCGGUUCCUCCAUUUGUGGUCCCCGUUCCCGAAGGCUCCUGGCUGCACAAUCUCGGCGUCCGCAGCCUGGUGUUCUACGAGUACUGUUUGACUCUGCACACUGAAGUCCAAGAGUACUGGGAUCGGGAGCUGACGACGUCGUCUAUACUGUUCUUCGUGAACCGCUACGCGAGUCUGGCGAACAGGGUCGCUGUGAUCUCCGCGUAUAUCUUGCUCGCGCACGGCUGGAGCAUAGUGCGCGUCUACGCCCUCUGGGCGCAUAAUCUCAACCUCUUCAUCCUUAUACUCAUGCUUGGGCUCAUCCUCCCCUGUACAACACUGGUAGGUGUCCUCGUGCUCUCCGCAGCCUCGUACGCGCUCAUGACCUGCCCUCCGCCCCAGUAUUUCUCGACGAACCCUGGCGCCGCGCCGGUCGUCUUCCAGUGCGGACCGGAGACCUACACUGACAGCCCUCUCUCUUCGUGGUCGCGCCGGCCCUCUGCAGCCACACCACCACUGAGUCCCGUCCCUCGUCCGGCCUCCCCCCUCCGUGCACUCACUAUCGUGAACGUAAACAGCCGUCGCAAUCACGACUCCGCGCGCGCGUUCAACAUCCUAAACGAGCUCCUCGUGCUACUCUUCACCUGGAAGCGCACGCUGCACGUCUACCGCUCCGCCGCCCGCGCGCGUAUCCGCGCCGACCUCUCACGGCUGCUCCUCCGCGAUGUCUCUGUCCUGUCCGCGGCCGCGUGCGGUGUCCCGUCCGCCGUCGUCGGCUUCAACGCGUUCUCGCUCGCAUGCAACCUCGCCAUCGGCAACACCAUGAACAUCGCUGACCUCUCUGCGCUCGCCGCGAUCCUGCUGUCGCGCUUCAUGCUCGACCUGCGCCACGCCGUGCGUGACCCCGCGCGGGUCUGCGGGCCCGACAACCUCGACCUCAACCUCAACCUCGACCUCAACCUCGACCUCGACCUCAGCCGCAACCUCAACCUCGACCUCGACCUCGACCUCGACCGCAGCCGCAGCCGCAGCUUCGGCGACAUGGGCGCGCACCCGGGCGACGCGCUCGGGGCAGGACUCGUCGCGGCUGCACCAGCGUCUGAGGCGCGCGCGGGGCCAGAGAAGGCCGCAGCGUCAACGUCCGAGGAGCGCGUGGAGGGCCUGGCUAUCUCAUACAUCACAUUGACAGGAUCGCCUGGUAGUGUUACAAUCUAUUCGAAUACACCGGCCAGACCCGGAUCUGUGUGUCAGGAGGAGGCAAAGCUGCAGACACGCCAGCCGCCUCUGCCAACUGUCUGUCCCGGGGAUGCUCUGAUAUGUGGUAAAACCCGGGAGACGUGUCGUUCAUGGAUGUCCCGACGCCACCAGCACAUUAAGGACUGUACACGAGCCGGAGUAGCGCAUACACGCGUGCCGCAGCGCACGGCCGUCUCACCGCACGUCCGUGCCCGCCCAGGGCACCUCGACCGUGCCGAGCACGUACUCGCCGAGGCCAGCGCCGCCCUCCGGGCCCGGGGUGUCCGCGCACGCACGGUCCUUGCCCGCCGAGGUGGUGAGCGCCCCCUCGGCGCGUCCCGCGAGCGGCGGCGCGGCAGCACCGGCGGGCAUGGCGACGAGCACGGCGACGCGCGCGGCGCGCACGGGCGGCGGGGGUGCGAGGGGCGCGCCGACGUCGGCGAAGGCGGAGAAGGCCUCGGGGGGGACGGCGCCGGGGCGGCGCAUGGUGCGCACGACGAGGAGGAGGGAGAGGAUGGGGAUGCAGUCGAGGACGCGGAGGUGGAGCGGGAGGCGCGGCGGCGGAGAGGGCGGCGAGGGCGGCCGUGGGGCGGACGGCGGGGCGCGGACGUAGGUGAGGGAGAGGGGCUGCGCGCGCAGGGGUGA